AUGGUCCGGCUCCACGAAUAUUAUCAAUAUCACAGCCUCACCAACCUGCCGAAUAAACAAACGUCAGAUGUCCACCAAAAAAAUUUCACUGCCCUUGCCGAACGGCAAGGUCCAUACGGAUUCAAAACAAGGGCCACCCGUCCUCGGUUCCACUCACCUAUGCUCAAGCUCCAGCGAAUCCGACAAGGACCCAGCUCACGAGAUGACGACACUACGGACCCAGCUCCGGAUCGUCUCGAAAACCAUGCACUUAGCCCGCUCCUUGCCGAAGACAGAUCAGCCCUCCUUGGGUCCCUUGCCGAACGGCACCCGCCGCCCGGAAUCCUUCCUCCUAGCAGCUGUCUCGAAGCCCAGCUCCACCUUCACGCUGAACCCGCUGGUCCCUGUGGCCAAGGAACUCGAAAGUCCUAG